AUGAAUGUUUUCACCGGCGCAGUGCGCAUGGGCAAGUGGGACGAGGCCACGUGGUGCCAUUUUUUCCCACAGACCCUCACUGGAUUAGCGAGGGCUUGGUUCGAUUCUUUGCCAGUCGGAGCGCUAGCUUCAUUUGAACAACUGCAAGCAAAAUUUCUUGCACACUUCAGCCAACAACGACGUCACAAACGCGAUUCAAUGGACGUCAUAAACAUCUGGCGCGGGGAAAACGAAAGCCUAGAAUCUUUCGUUAUCCGCUACAAUAAAAAGUGCCUCGAGAUCGGCGGGAUCGCAGAUCAAAUGGCCCGCAACCAUUUCAUACGAGCCGUCAAGGACGAUAAAAUGGUGAUGACCAUCUCAGGCAAAGAAGACUUGCCAGAAAAAUGGGACGAGGUCAUUGCCGCAGUCAAGAUGUACGCCCAAACUCAGCGGUCUCUCAAACCGCACACUGGGAAAACGCAACCUCAAGCGGAAGGUCAAUCCUCCCGCCAAGAAAAUAAGCGCAACCGAGACAUAUGGAAUCGUGGCAACGAUUCCAAACCUUAUGUCACACGCGGUUACCAGCCCGACACAAGGGCAACAAUCAAUGCCCAAUGUGAACAACGGGCAUCCAAGAAAGAGUCUUGGGACCCCAAUUGGACCGAGAUCAACAAGUCGCCAAAAGAAGUCCUCCAAACGGACGCACAGUUCUUACGACCGACCCAAACGAUGAAGUUCGAAAAGAACCAAGAUCUCACUCUUUAUUGUGAGUAUCAUAAGGACUCGGGCCACUCAACCAACAAUUGCACCAGUCUCCGAUUAGAGAUUGAACGAGCCCUGAAAGAGGGGAAGGUGCAACAUCUGUUGACAACCGCGUAA